AUGUCUUUGCCUGACGGAGGAAACCCCGAAUCACCCAACGAGCUCAGCACUGAUUCAGAAAAGGAGGCGUUUUCACAAAAUCCAUCCACGGCUGGGCGUUCAGCGGAUGAUGAGCCGUUUCGGAUGGAAGUCACCCGUGAGACGUUGGAUGUUAUGUUGCGCGCGAAGAGUUCAUGUAGAGCCGGUUUCUCAAUGGUUGACUGGGGUGGAAUAUUGCAGAGCAUAUGGAGGAAGAUGAAACGGGAGACUAAUGAAAAAAAGUUACCGUACCUUAGUAUAAGUGAAAUCAGGAGACACAACACACCUGAUGAUCUAUGGAUAGUUAUAGGUUCCGUGGUGUAUGACUGCACAAAGUUUCAGCAUUUUCACCCGGGAGGGGAGCGGAUGCUUCAGCUUUGUGGUGGGAGAGACGCAACGGAGCUAUUCAACUAUUACCAUCGAUGGGUAUCAUGUGAAAGCAUGCUUCAACCCUUUGCUGUGGGUUUAGUUAAACCUGAGGAUGAGGAGAGGGGAGAAAGGGAGAAAGAAAAAGAAAAAGGCCCCGGCUAA